ACAGUUGCUACUGACGAAGGUAAACAAAGCCUGGACACAUCAUGGCGUCUGUUUACCUGUGUCAGCUGGUCCUCUUGGUGUCCCGGCGCCCAUAACUUGCACCCCAUCACGGCCGCCCUGGCCACUAGAUAGAUGGUGGACCUCAGGUAAAUUCAGGUAGGAUCACCCAGUCCCACAGCUCAGCCACCAAGAACGAUUACGAACACUACUGCUGCCCAAUGAUGAUGGUUGAGGACCUCCGUAGGAUGGGUGAACCCAUCAAGAGGCUGGUAGAGGAUGGCCAGGUGUUCGCUGUCCAACAAGAUGAAGAUGGUCAGCGUGUCGCCAGGAUAACUUUGCAAGAUGAGCAGCUGUGCCUCCACCCACUCCUGCGUCAGCCCCUGCCUGUCCACGCCCACACCCUCCAGCACAGUGAUGUUGUGAAUAUGCUGGACCCUUCCUCCACCCUGGCGUUUCUUGAUUUUGGGUGGGCGGGGUCGACAAGAGGGCGGGUCACCAUCCAGCUAGCCCCUGAUACACUGCUCUCUAGACAGUUUGUGUUGCUGUGUACGGGGCAGCAGGGCCCUAGCUACCACAACACUAGACUGUUCCGAGUAUCACGCAAGAGUCGGCCGGGGGAGUGGGUGGAAGGCGGAGACUACGAGAGCAAUGAUGGUCUAGGAGGAGCCCCACUGCUACCUGAUCUAAAGGGAGAGUCCCGGGGCUCAGCCAGGGCAGGGGAUGUGUGGUCGCGGUGGCUGGAUCACCGCAGUGCCCAAUUUGCCAUCACUUUGAGGGACCAUCCAGGGCGUUGGUCACGGGUCUUCGGUGAGGUGGUGAGCGGCCUGGAUGUGGUGCGGGCAUCAGUCAACCAUAGUGACAUCAAAGAGGUGACUGUGGUGGACUGUGGUGUUGUGCUGCCACUCUAGUUCACUAUACCUCCAUCACUCCUGUGGUGGAAUAUGGUGUUGUGUUUCACUGCACCACCACUACCAGGGUUGUCGAGAGCUCUGACACCCCCGUGUAUUGGUGUUUUAUAUAUUGUACACUUUUAACCUACAAAUUCACCAUUGUAACAUCAAAUAGAUGUACUUAUGUAUAAAUAAAAUUAUAUAAUAA